AUGGCUUAUAACAAGUAUAUGGCCAUUUGUCACCCUCUCCACUAUAGUGCCAUCAUGAGGCAGGAACUGUGUUUCUACUUAGUAGCUGGGCCCUGGUUCCUCUGUUGUAUCCACACCCUGUUGCACACCCUCCUCUUGGUCCAACUGUCUUUCAGUAUAGACAAUAUCAUCUCCCACUUCUGUUGUCUCUUCACUUCCUUCCUGAAGUUGAGCUGUUCAGACACCUCCCUCAAUGAUAUGGUCCUCUUUACUGCAGGAGGAAGGCUUUUUAUCCUGCCUUUGUGUAGAAUCUUGGGCUCUUAUAUUCUUAUAGGGACUGCAGUUCUGAGGGUCUCUUCCACCAAGAGACUCUUUAAAUUUGUUCCACCUGUGAACUUCUAUCUCUUUUUGGUGUCUUCAUACUAUGGGACACUUGCUAGUGUUUCCUUUUUUUCCUCAUCAUGGAAUUCCAAUGACAAAGACAUAAUUGCUUCUGUCGUGUAUGCAGUCAUUAGUCCCUUGCUGAAUCACUUCACCUACAGCCUCAGGAACAGAGACAUAAAAGAGACCUUAGAGAUAUUCAUCCAUAUGCCUAACUUCUUGAAAUGA